CCUACAUGGGGUACAGACACCCAACAAUGCCAUACAUUCUGAGAUUUCCUUCACUCUUAUCUCUUAUUGGACCGUGCAUUUCACUUUUCUUCUUGCGCGAUUAAAAUUCUAUCACCCCAUUCUCCUCCCACUCGCUCUAAAAAACGCAUUGGGCUGGGAUGUUUUAAUUUCUUUUCCACUUCAAUUUUUCUUUCACACGGUAAACUGAAAAAAGGGUAACAACCCAAAAAAAAAAAAAAACCCUUAACCCGCUCGUAAUUUCUCGCAUGCAAUCGGAGCUCCGGCUCCCUUAACGGAGCCCCAGCUCAAUUAUCUCAUUUUUCCCUCUCUUUUAGAUCUUUGUCCCAUUUUCUCUCAUUUUUCCCCAGAUCUCAACAAAACAAAAUAUCAAAGAAAAAAAAAAAAGAAAGGUGAUAGUAUAAAAAUUUUCAAAAAUGUCGAAACCAUGGGGUAGCAUCGGCGCAUGGGCCGCCGAAGCCGAGCGAGAAGAAGCGGAGGAACGUGAAGCUGCGGAAGCCGCGGCCGCUGCGUCAGCUGCUUUUCGCACGGCUGAAUCGCAGAGUUUUCCUAGCCUAGGGGAAGCCGUUAGCGCGAAGCCCAAGAAGAAGAAAAUGACUCUUUCGGAGUUCGCCAUGGGGACUUAUUCGUCUUCCGGAGGCGGCGGAGUUGGUGGUAGUACUAGGGUAACGAAACACGACAGACUUACGCACGAAGAGAUGAUGCUCCUCCCGACCCGACCCAAAGAACGUUCCGCAGAUGAAAUGCAGUAUGGCCGUCUUGGAGGUGGGUUUUCGUCUUAUGGGAGGUCCGGUCCACAUGCGGGUCAGGUUAUGGGUAACCGUGACAACAGCGACGGGUCAUGGGGCUCCGGAAGAAGACAGCAUGGAGGUUUUGAUGAAGAACGACGAGGUCCGCCUUCUAGGGUUUCUGAUUACGAUCAGCCGUCGCGUGCCGAUGAGGUGGAUAAUUGGUCAGUGGCAAAGAAAGCAAUUCCUUCCUUUGAAUCUUCGGGCCGGCAGAAUCGAUACGGUGGGCUUGGAACUGGAGGAGGUGGGGGAAUCUCUAGGGCCGAUGAGGUUGAUAAUUGGACGGCUGGAAAACGGCCAAUUCCAGCUCGAUCUUCGACGUUUGGUUCGGGUUUUCGCGACUCUGGAUCGGGUCCUGAUAGAUGGAUCAGGGGUGGUGGUGGGGGUGGAUUCAGAGAGGAAAGGCCUAGAUUAGUUUUGGAUCCACCGCGAGGGGAAGUGAAUGAGCCUGUGGUUAAGACAAAUAAGCCGAAUCCUUUUGGGGCAGCGAGGCCCAGGGAAGAGGUGUUGGCGGAGAAAGGAUUGGAUUGGAAGAAGCUGGAUUCUGAAAUUGAAGCGAAGAAGGUAACUAGUAGGCCUACUAGUUCUCACUCCAGCAGGCCAUCAAGUGCACAAUCCAGCAGGUCCGAAGGUCCCCAGCAGCAAUGGACUGAAAAUGUAGUCAAGCCGAGGCCAAAGGUCAAUCCGUUUGGAGAUGCUAAGCCUAGAGAAGUUUUGCUGGAAGAGCGAGGUCAGGAUUGGCGUAAGAUUGAUCUUAACUUAGAACGUCGCAGGAUGGACAGGCCAGAAACAGAGGACGAAAAGAAAUUAAAAGAAGAAAUAGAUAAUCUAAGGAAGGAGCUUGGGAAUGAUUCAACACCAAAUUCAGAAUCUGCUGAAAAACUACUUAACAAGGAAAGGGAAUUAGAGAUACUUAUCCAAGAUUUGGACAAAAAAGUUAGAUUUGGGCAGAAAGCUGUUGAAAGGCCUGGUUCUGGAGCUGGCAGGUUUGGUAGCUUCUCUGAUAGACCACCUUCUCAGUCUGGGUCUAUUGAUGGUUCUAGAAGUGUGGAGUUCAUGGAUAGGCCUAGAUCUCGUGGUACUGCAGAUUCAUGGACAAGGCCUGGAGAUGACCGAAGAGGAUUUCAGGGAGGAUUUCAAGGUGGCAGGGAUGGAGGAUUUCAAGGUGGCAGGAUAGAGGAUUUCUGGGAAACAGAGAUUUGGACAGGUCAAGGUCAAGGGAGAGAUGGUGAACCGCAAUUGGCAUUCUUUUGAUAUAUUCUGCCCUCUACUUUUGACCACCUGGACCAAUAAUAUUUUGUCGUCUCACCUCUCUUUAAUUGUUACCCUUUUUUUGCUCUAUUGUUAAUCUAUUGUUACAUCUAGAAACAAUGUAAAAUGGCCUUUACACCACUCUUUUUUUCCCUCUUCUUUUUGGAUUUUUUUCAAAGCAAGGAGCCUAUACCUCUUAGGACUCAAAUUUUCUUUAACAGACAUUGUGGGAUUCACCAGUUUAUUGUUGAGAUUCCUUUGAAAUGUUAUACGGAUGAUCUGGUGUAUUGUGAAAAUGGUCCAGACUGCUUUUUUUUUUUUUUUUGGGUGUGACAUUCACAUGAUUGAGAAUUGGGAUGGAACCUUUGGACUAUUGGUUUCCCUCAAGAGGAAAGAACUUAGAUUUAAAACAAAAUUCCAAGUUCUUCCUAGUAGAUUAUGAAGAAUUAUUUUUGUUUUGAAGAAAAGAGUGGUGGCAUUCGGACUGUUUGGGAGAUGUAGUAUAUACUUUAAAAUGAAGAAAAAGCCGCUAGGAAUGAAGUCACGUUGGCGCUAGAACUGAUUUUUUUAUUUCAAUUGCAAUAGAACUUUUAUAUUUGGGUUUGUUAUCAUUGUACAGUUUUGUUUAGUUCAUGAAGUAGUAAUUGUUUUGUUUUUAUUCUUUGUAACGAAUCAAUUCAUUCUCUGAUGCAUUGUUAAUACAUGUAUGAUAUAUGUAUGUAUAACAAUUUAAUUAUUUACACCUGAUUAAAGUAAUGUGUAAACUUCCCUAUCUUGCAGCCUGGAUUCAAACUCGGAAUCAGGUACAGUUACCAAAAAUAGAGAAAAGGAGAU